CUUCUACUUUGUCCCUUGCCGGCGUCAUCGUUUGGGUUGCGAUUUUGCCCGGUGCUGUUCAUUGUAGUGCUUUUAACGAGGAAGAAAUUGCAGAAAACAUUCAAAAACUAGUGAAAUUUGUGCCAAAUACUGUGCGUUUGCUGAAAGAGGUGAAAUUUUUACCCGAGAGGAGGAUUUUACAGCGUGAAUUGUAAGAGAAAUGUCCUUCGAUGACGAUAAUGAUAAUGGCGGAAAUGGUGCGUGCCAUAUUCGUUUGCGCGGUCUCCCAUGGAAUAUCACGGAGGGUGAGAUCCGGGAUUUCUUGGCCGGUGUCGAUGUGGACAUGUGCCACAUUGUCAUCAAUCAAUUGACCAAGCGGCAAACGGGUGAAGCUUAUCUGCGGCUGCCGACGUUGGACGACCAGAUAAAAGCACUGGAUCUGAACAAGGCCACCAUCGGACAUCGCUACAUUGAGGUUUUCACCGUGUCGGAGGAUCAGUUCGAGAGCGCCAUCAAUAAGGAGCUUAACAGCGAGGACGGUGGACCGGUGCUGAAGCUGCGUGGUCUGCCCUGGUCCUGUACCAAGGAUGACGUCAAGCGGUUCUUCACCGGGUUGACGAUAAAAAGUGGCUAUAAUGGGAUUCUUUUGCUACUGGAUCAGCUGGGACGGGCAUCUGGGGAGGCGAUUGUUGAAUUUGCAACAGACGCCGAUGCCGAAAAGGCCAUGAUGUUACAGAAAGAGAUGAUUGGGAACAGAUACAUUGAACUAUUCCGGAGCAGCUCCCGUGAAAUGAGAUGGGCGGAGAAGAAAAUGCGUCGCAUGAGCCCGUAUGGUCGUAAUAGUAACUCGAAUGGUAAUGGCAAUGGCAACAGCAGCAAUGGCGGCGGCGGCAACUUUGGUGGUAGUAAAUCGGGUGGCGGCAACAACAGCCGUCAACGCUUUCCACCAGGUCAAGGAUACGGACGCGGAUCUGGAGGCAACGAUGGCUUCUCGUCAGACAAUUUCUCGAAUGGCCCGUCCGGUGGUGGUAACAGCUGGAACAAUCGUGGAGAUAAUGGCUUCGGAAGCGGCGGCGGCGGCGGUGGUGGACUUGGUUUCGGAUCUAACACCGGAAGCAAGCUUGGUGGUGGCGGUUCUGGAUCCGGUGGUGGAGGAAACAUGUACUCCGGUGGGUUGGCCAACAAUACGGGCAACAUUGACAUCUUGAGAUUGUUGCAGGAUCAGUUGAAACGCGGUGGGGGCACCAACUACGGUUCUGGACGUGGCAACUCUGGCGGCGGUGGCGGUGGUGGUGGCAGCAGCGAUGGCUACAGCACCGGUGGCGGUGGUGGUGGGGGAUACAGUACCGGCGGAUUUGGUAACAGCUACAGCAGCGGAGGUGGUUCCAAUAGUGGCGGUGGAGGAUAUGAUUCCGACCGCGGGGGAUUCCGUUCCGGGGGCGGUCAAGUUGGUGGCAACAACUUCAGCAGCUUCGGUAGUGGCGGUGGCGGCGGCGGCGGCAAUAGCUUUGGCAGCAACAUGAGUAACGCGGGUGGCAACAACUUUACACGGAAUGACUUCUACAAGAGUGGGGAACAAAAUUUGUUCUGUGUACACUUGCGGGGAAUGCCAUUCAGCUGCGAUGAGCAGGACAUUCAAGACUUCUUCAUGCCGCUAAGACCAGUUAAGUGUGAAGUCAAGUUCGAUUCCAGAGGUCGUCCCUCCGGUGAGGGUGAUGCUUUCUUCGACACCAUGGAGGAGGCGAUGAAAGCUAUGAAGAAGCACAAGGAAAAAAUGGGCUCCAGAUACAUUGAACUUUUUGCUGGUGCUCGCAAGCCUCAGAAUAAAUUCAUGGAUUAGAAACUUAAUGUGACCACUUUGGUGACAAGUAAUAAGUGGUAUUUGAGAUUCAGGUAUGUCACUCAGAAGUUUAAACAAGCAGCUUCCAGUUGUAAUUUGGAAUCACACUCACUAUUUAAUGGUUUUGUUCAAAUCGAGCAAACAAGUGUCACACAAGUAAAUAGUUCAUGUUAGAGUGUAAGCAUCUGUAACAAAACGGUAAUUUUAUCCCCAUCUCAUCAACCAUACGCAUGAUUAACAAACAAGCAAACAAAAAAAAAAAAUACGCAAAGGAGCACUUAAUCUUUUAAAGGCAUACCUUAUAUCAGUAAACCUUUGAUUUUAGGUUUUAAGCUAGGAAAUAUUCUAUGUUUUUACUGCAGCAACAUGAGUAACGCAAUUUUCGAAACAAAUGAAAAUCAGAUCGACAGCUUAUGGAACUACUAACUCGUAUUUACCCUGUAAAACCUUUGUAACCGAGAGACAAAAAAAAAUAAAUCAGUAUCUAUUGUUUAGAACAACUUCUCAUGGUAAA